UCAGAACUACAGCUCCCAGCGCGCCCGGCGGCGCGUCCCGCUCGCUCCCUUAUGGGCUCCCUCUGCGGGGGCGGAUGGGAGUUGGAGUCCGAGAGAGGGGGCGCCGCCUGGCGGCCGCGGCGCUCAACGCGCGGGGGUGCAGCCACUCCCCCGGCCCUGCCUUCCGGGAUCUGCCGGUGCCCGCGGGUUUCCCCCUUGAUGGUUCACAGGCUUCGCGGCAGGGCAGAGCCCCGGGUGUCCUGUUCAGUGACAGCGAACUAUCAGCACCCGUUCUGACUGGCAUCGGGGAGCUGGAACGUUUUUGAAGGUGUUUGGCAUUGGAGGUACCGCAUAACUACACCGCGGCAGCAACCCAGUACAGAGCGAGCCCACAGGACGCCUUAGACUCCUGCCGAAGGGCGGUCACAGCAAAACACCCUCCUGCCGUGUGCCGCAUCCCCUCACUGAGUGUUUGUCAGUCUCCAACACCACCGCCACCAAGCCUCCUUUUUCACCGCCGCAUCCCCUGGGGAGGGCGACGCUUGAUUCGUGUUUGUAAAACUUUCGCACUCCUUGGCGCUUCUAACAGGCAGCCAAGGUUGCGGUAAAGUUACCUCGUCCGCCGCCAACGCCGGGGAGCGGCUCCUCCCGCCACCCACCGGCAGCGACCGCCUUCCCCUCGCCGUGUUCUGGAGGCUGCACCCAAUGGGGCUGCGGCCACGUUGUUUCCAAACACGGCAGCUCCCACUACACGCUCCCCGCCUCCGCCUGCCAACUGCGGGAGGAGGAGAGCACGCCGCGGGGGGAAGGGAGUUCCUUUGCGAGAAGACCGGAGCCAGUGGGGCUGCCAGUCGGGGGCGGAGGGAGUUAAGCGGCCCGGGGGCGGCCGGCGGGGCUUUGUCCUCUCACUGCCACGCACUCUGCGGAUGUGCUCUGGGCGAGACCCAGCACAGACGGAAAAAAAACCCAACCCUAUUUGACCUGGUUUCUGGAGGCCCCUGAGCAGCCCUGCAAGGAGGCAGCCGCAGCUCGCGGCGCCCACGGCCGGGAUGGGGCACCCGGGCCUGCCACAGCCGCCGCGGUGCCUCCUCAGCGCGGCGGUCGUUGGCCCCACCGUGCACCCGGGCAACGGCCCCAGCCCCUGCUUCUGUUCCCCGCGCGGCUGCCAAGCCCAGGGCAGAAGAAGCGGGCCGGUCGGGUCAGCCCGUUCCGCUCCUUGGGGCUGGGCUGCCUGCUGCGCCCCCCGCCCGGACCCUCCUGCCAGGUAGAAACCCCACUCCUCCGCACCAAACAUGACACCCACACCCCCGGAAGCCGCGCGGAGCUCUUGCUCCCCCCACUCCCAUGAUGCCCCGCGGCGGCGGCCAUUCAAAUUCCAGCCGGCCGCCCUUCGCCGGCCAGAAAAUGGCGGCUCAUGGUGUAGCAACGGCCCCUACUCGAGCAGCCUCUCCCACGUCUCCGCUUCUUAUAGCUGAGGUACCGCCAGCACUGGAUCGUAGUGGCGGAAUAAGGUCUCGGCGGAACGGGCUGGCGGCGGCCUGCCCCUCGGUGUCUGUGGUGUUCCCGGGCACUGUGAGCCGGGAGAGCUGCUGCCGCUUCGCCUGUGAGUUCCUCAAGCACAUCCUGCACCAGCGGCACCAGCUCCCGCUGCCAUACGAGCAGCUCGUCUACUUCUGCCGGCGGCCGACGCAGGAUGGAGAUGUGAUUAAGAAGCCACCCUCCAUGGAUCUGGCAAGCAAGAAGUGCCAACAGGUGUUGACGGAGUUGGAGGGAGUGCUCCGCCACUUGGAAGUAAUGUUUAGUUUGACACUGGUUCCUCGGGUUCUUAUCCUACUUGGAGGCAAUGUCAUGAGCCCCAAGGAGCUCUAUGAGCUCAAUUUGGAGGGUAUCUGUGAGGGCAGUGCUGAGGAGAGCCUGAAAACUGGAUCCUGUGUUCGCAAGCUCUUUCACUCGCUCUUUGUUGCAGAUGUCUUCAGUGAACUUAAGGCUCUCCCUGUCAUGGGCACUGUUGUUAUGCUCCAAGGACACCGCGAUUGUGGUGUUGAUUGGUUCCGGCCCAAGCUCAACUAUAAAGUGCCAACCCGAGGGAGGAAACUAACUGUUAACUUGUCCUGUAAUGGUGACAUCAACAUAAGUGCCUCGCCUCUUCAGCGUAUGACUUCUACUUGGGAGGACUAUGUCUGGUUUCAAGCACCAGUGACGCUCAAAGGCUUUCAUGAAUGACCUGUGCUCUGUAGAACUUUAAUGGAAUAUUGAAUAACCUUUGGUGCUGCUUUAGGUGAUAAUAAUUUUAUCAAAUGUAACCGCA